UCGAAUCCCCCCAUCUCAUCUUCCUCAUCAGAGGAAAAAGCCAAACCGAGCCUGCAGUUGCAAUCCCUAUACGCCUCUUCCCCAACAAGUCGAAUCCGCCCGCGUUAAGGAAGGAUGUGCUCCCAAGCCCCCAAAUCCCUAGACCUCGACCCCUCCCCUGUCCCCAGAUCCCUAGACCUCGACCCCAAAUCCGAGCCCUGCCCCGGCGCGAUGACGGCGGCCGAGCUCCCCGACGAAGCGGAGAACCCCUGCCUGUCGCGGUUUCGCCUCCGGCGACUCCUCGCCUUCCUCUCGCGCCAGCGCUACGAUGUCGCCUUCAACGGGCUGAUGCUGCAGGCGAGUGCGCCCUUCUGCUUGGAGUAUCUGCAGUGGCUCGUGAGGAAGGGCCUGUGGGAGGACUCCAUCGACUACCUUGAUGGCUUCCUGCCUGCCGGCCCCAAGAGCCUCCACGCCCACGCCUUUCGUAACUUCCUCUUGAUGCAUCACUACUUGGCCAGCAUCGCCGCCGGGGAUGGGUCCGCCAUGGACAAGCUCCUUGCCCACCAUUGGAUGCAGCACGUCGUUGCUGCCGGGAAAACGAAAGCGAACCACACCUUUCCUCGUGUCAUGGCCCAAGCCCUGCUCUCGUCGGAGGAGCUCAGGGCGUCCAUGGACUGGGAUGGAGUGAGGAGGGAAGCUGUGUACAUCCUCUUCAGGUUAGCGUCGCGGACCCCAGAGCUCAACAGGCCGCUCACAUUGCCGACUUGCUACACGAAGCCGCACCAGGUGCUUCCCAUUGACGUUGGCUCCGGAUUGUGCAGGAGGCGGCGCGUCAAGGAACAGCGGCCCCAUCUACGACCAGCUGCUGUUGCGAGGGCCAUCCUUUUCAGGGGGAGUCAGCGUUACACAAGAUCUCUAGCCAACUCAAGUUUCGAAUUCAUUGAGGAUGCAAAGGAAUGGUUUGCGACUAUCAUGGAUGAAAGCUUACGAGCUGGUUCAGAUAAAGUGGCUUCUCUGCUCCAACAAACUGUGAAGGAAGGCCAAGAAAAGAGUCAAGAAGGUGCCUGCGAUGGUUCCAAUCCCAGAAAGAAUCCAAGGGCAGAAUUGGCAACUAUUGAUGGAUAUUUGGAUUCAAAAAGGCAACGUUCUACCGGAACUUUUGGGGAAGCAAGCAUGGUGCACAUGAAUGACGUUUGGGCUGAAGCUCACUAGCUGGCUGGUGAAAUCAACCACCUUAGGUUCAUAACCAGGACAGGGUGACUGUUAAGAUUAAUUAACAUAGUCAUUAAGGGAUUAAUCCCUGCUUGUACUAACCGCAUGCAGUUGCAAACUGCUGCGCCGGUUCUCUGUUCAACAGGCACCGGUUCUCUGUUCAACAGGCACCUCCUCCGAACAAACACCUCUCUACUGGCGUCCCCUCCCUUGUAUAAAUAGCAGUUACCAUCCAAUAAAGAGGACACUUGAUUCAUUUUA